CAUUAGCUUUAUGACGGUCGUCAGUUCGUUCAAGUAAUCAUAAAAAUUCGAGAUUCGAGUUCCUCAGUGAAACGAUGUUUACAAAGUAUAACCACUGAAAGGUUCAAGUUAUUUUAUUAGUUUUUUAAAGAUUUAUAUAUUCCUAAUAACUAAUUCUUCGAAAGUCAUGGCGGACGAAAUUAAUCCAAGAGCUUAUCCUCUCGCAGAUACCACGCUCACUGUGAAAAUAUUGAAUUUAGUGCAACAAGCUAUGUUGUACAAGCAGCUGCGAAGAGGGGCUAAUGAAUCAACUAAGACUUUGAACCGUGGUUUGUCAGAAUUUAUAAUUAUGGCUGCAGAUGCAGAGCCAUUAGAGAUCUUAUUACAUUUGCCACUUCUAUGUGAAGACAAGAACGUUCCUUAUGUAUUUGUGCGAAGUAAAGAUGCACUGGGCCGAGCUUGUGGAGUUUCUAGGGCAGUGGUAGCCUGCUCCAUAACAAAUAGUGCAAACUCACAAUUGACACCACAAAUCGAUUGCAUCCAUCGAGAGAUAGAACGGCUUUUAUAGUUAAAAUUUAAAGUUUGUAUAUUACUGUAUAAUUAACUUUAUUCAUGAUACGAAUUAUUUGAUUUUACAUGUACAAAUGUCAAACAGCCUUUUAUGAAGUAUUGAGAAUAUUUACAAACAAGAGCUAAUUGCAUAAUUUUUUGUACACAAAUCUAUUACAUGAAUUUAAUACGUCAAUAAAAAUGUAACAUCAAAGUUAUGAUUGUAUGUGUGUGUGUAUUUAAAUAAUUUAUAUGAAGUGCUAGUUUAGACUUACAGGUAAGAUUUAGUUGGGAUUGCGAUAGAAUGUUACAGAGUUUAUUAAAUACCAUAGAAGCUGAUUCUAUUCUCUCAUACUAUCCUUACUAUGAUGUUGCAUUAUAAUAGCUCAUAAUGUAGUAAAUGAUUCCAUGCAAAUAGUUUGUUUCAGUUUUGUUAUAUGAAAAAUAUAUAAAAGAACCAAUUUUAACAUUAGAAUUUAAUGAAUAUAUAAAAUGCGACAUAACUUUCACUAUUAACUCAGAGCUACAUAAUAUUCUUAUAUAAAUUUGUUUGGGUAGACAGGUUUUUGUGGUGACAGUAAUUCAGAUACUUGUGCAAUAUUUAUGAAAUUUAUAAAUAUUCUGAACUGGUUUCUAGAAGUUGAAUAAUGCAUUACUUUUUAUAAAAAGAAAAUGUACAUUUUCGAUAAACUUACACACUUGGGAAUUUUUAUUUAAUGCAUUAGCUAAUGGGAAUUUUAAAAGAAAUUUUUAAAGGAGGGAAUUAAUUAAAAUAUAAUAAUUAGAACUCAGAGAGAGAGAGAGAGAGAGAGAGAGAGAGAGGUGUGUGUAGAAUUUGACGUGGAAGAGUAUAUGAAAGUGGAAAGAUGAUAAUUGAAAAAACAAUGGCUGUGUUCCGAUAUUUUUGAUAGCGUUGAAAAUAUAACAUAAACUAAAGCUUUUUAAUGCUAGUAGUGAAUUUUGGAAUAUAGCCAUAGUAAGCACAUCUUGAAGCCGUUUCAUCGGCUAAAGUCCUUCGACUUUAUACAUAACCUUCGGACAUGUAAUACAUUCUUUUGCAUCAGUUAUAUGAUUGCAAAAGUGGUUACAAAGAUUACUCAAGAGAAAUAACUUUCAAACAAGUAGCUUAGAAUAUUUUUACGAAUAUUACGGUAAAUUUAAUUCAACGCGUAUCUUAAAGACCGAAAAAUGUUCGGCGUGUGCGUUUAACACACUGUCAAACGAUAUUACCUUUUUAUAAAUUAAU